UCCGCUCGGCUCAACUCGGCUCCGCUCGGCUCCGUUCGGCUCAGCUCGGCUCCUCUCUGUUCGGACUGACAGCUCGCUUCGUCCCGGUGUAGCCGUUAGCUCCCCGGCUCCUCUACCGUCUACUACCACCGUCUGGUUGAAUGGUUUAGCGGCGGAAAGCAAAGCAGAACUGGGAUGCGAAUAUUCUAAAGACAAAAACGAGCUACGCUUCAUUUGAAAGUGAAGAGAAGCUGCACUGAAACACGGUGAGAGGCUGAGCGAGCGAGGGAGCGAGUGAGAGAAGGAACAAGAGAGAGAGAGAGAGAGAGAAGAGAGAGAGAGGCCAUGGAGCAGCAGAGACAGAGAUCUCUCUCCACGUCAGGAGAAACGCUGUACGCCGUGCUGGGAGUCGACAAGAGCGCCACGACAGAGGACAUCAAGAAAUGUUACAGGAAACUGGCUUUGAAGUUUCACCCAGACAAGAACCCGGACAACCCGGAUGCGGCCGAAAAGUUUAAGGAAAUCAACAAUGCCCACUCCAUCCUGAGCGACAACACCAAGAAGAACAUCUACGACAAAUACGGCUCGCUGGGACUCUACGUCGCCGAGCAGUUCGGAGAGGAGAACGUCAACACCUACUUUGUUCUGUCCAGCUGGUGGGCCAAGGCCUUGUUCGUCUUCUGCUGCCUCUCCACAGGCUGCUAUUGCUGCUGUUGUCUGUGUUGCUGCUGUAACUGUUGCUGCGGUAAAUGUAAACCUCGGCCGCCCAUGGACCAGGAGCCCGAGUUCUACGUCUCCCCCGAGGACCUGGAGGCCCAGAUGACCGCUGACGAAAGAGACGGCGGCGAGCCCAUCGUGAUGCAGCCCGCCUCCGCCACAGAAACCACCACGCUCACCUCUGAUGCCCACCAAAGCUACCGGACCGACACAUACUAAACACACACACACUGCACACACACCUUACAGUUAACACAACUUACAGUAUCAACCAAUCACACACACACACCAGCAAAUACUACACAGCACCACUCAGCUCAGCCCAAACUUUAACUUUUAAUUCACCUUAAUUUCUAAUUAAAGUGACGUGAGGGGAGAAGGAGGAAGGAAACAUUCAGGAGGAAAAAUAAAGAACAAAAAAAAAUAUAAAAACUGAUCUUUAAACUCCG